UUAAUCUUUAGUAAAUGAAAUAAUACUGUUAGGUACGUUAUCAGUUAACGUUGCAUUGCAUUGAAAGUGUAAUACACACAAUAAUUUAAUCUUUUGACACGGUAGCGGCAAGGAAACCAUGAGUACCCAUGAAGAAUAUGUGCAAUGUCCAUACGAUCCAGCGCACACGAUUUUGAAGAAGCGGUUUCAAGUACACUUAGGUCGGUGCCGUAAAAAUCAGCACAAUGCUCCCAAGGUGACAUGUCCUUUCAACGUGACACAUAUCCUUAAUAAGCAGGAACUUGAUUGGCAUGUCAAAAAUUGCCCCAACCGUGCUUCUUUUGAGCAUUACAGGCAUCGAGAAGAAGCAGUUGAACCAGGGAGAGCGACUACAUUAGAAUCAUCAUCACAGGUUUAUCAAUUGGAAACUGAAGAAAAUUGGGAUGACUUGCCGCCCGUGCCCACGUAUGAUCCACAGGCAUAUGCGUCAAAAGCGCCAGUUCUUAGAAAUUUACAAGGACAACCAAAGUCUGUAAAAAAGAAAUUUCGUUCAGAGGAAAGGCGUCGCCUAUUGAACAUUCAUCGAAAUAAUUAACCAUACAAUAAUAUGAACGAUUAUCAAUCAAACAAAACAAGGACUGCGCUUUAAAUCACAAAUACCCUAAAUGCAAAGGGUAAAUUCAAAGAUGAUUGUAAUGGUAAUAUAAUAAUAAUUUUGACUCCAUAGUUAUAUAUACACAAAUUGUAAAAGUUUUCAUGUAAUCUUAAUGUUUUUUAGCAAUGUUCGAAAUUUAAAAAUUUUUAUAUU